AUGUAUAUAUUUCUUUACAAAGUUGGUCAGUACUCAAACAGUAUAAAAGAAUUAAGCAGGAAGUUGGGAUCACUCCUCCAAUCCCACCGCAGUCAGUACCGUUAGGCUGUGCUUCCAGAGCUCUGUCCUUAACGCAGGAAAAGAGUUGCCUCAACGCAAACAGCAUGUACAUAGUGAACUGGGAUUUUGCAAAAGAACCGAGGAGAAGAAAGGGGGAGGGAUGGCCUAGGUUUCCUGGCUUAAGGGGGCCUGUGAUGUGGAGAAGGGCGGGAGUGUGGCUCACUGGGACCCGUGAGGGGCUCCGUGCAGCUGGAUUGCAGGUGCAGGGGCCAGACCUCGAAGGUCCUGGGCACCACACCAGAUUUGGAUUUAUCUGCUCUGGGGUUUAGAAAAGGCCAGCUUGGCAGCAGUGGGGCGCAGGGGCUGGCGCAGUAAUUAGCCCAGGGAGGUGUGGAGGCCUGGCCUGGGUCCGCCAGAGUGGAGGCUGAGGACCCGAAUGGUUGAGAAGGAAGGGCAGGUCUCGAGUGUGAGUAAAGUCAGGGAAGAGUUCCCCUUCGCUAGCGGCAGCCCUCCGGCUGGGCUGGGCGCUCUGAGAGAAAGGCAUCCUCCGAUGGGGGAUGGGCCUGGACGCAUCUCCAGGGGCCAGAGAAGCCCCAGGGCACCUUCCCCGCCCUUGGGAAGGAGCCAUCACAGAAACGCCCUGGAGGGGUGGGGAGAGGAGGUUCCUGAGUUCAGAGGAGUCCCCCAGCCUGGGCCUGGAACCCAGCUGUGCCAGCCUUCCCCGCGCCCUUUCCUACCCCAUCACUGCUUGCAGGAGUGAAGGGGCAACCUUGCCUCUGUCUUCCAGUGUCCUCCGGAGAGCCCUGUGGAUCUCUCUGACCCCUUCCCAGGCAGUCCUCCUCACACCGGAAGAGGACAGAGAGGGGUCUCCUGAUUGUGGAGUGGAAAACAGAGGCCCAGAGUGGCCCUGGGGUGUGGAUUUCUCUCCUGACGGCCAGGAUGAGCAGUGGCGUCUCACCCCCGGGCCAGCGCUUUGUCCCCUCUGGCUCGGGACUGAGCGUUGUGGAGAAAUCACUUGCAAGCCUCACGGAGAGUGUGACGGGCCCAGGGCACAGUGGCUUGCAAGGAAGGCCUUGGGCCUGGCUGGUCCCUGGGGCUUCCAUGAUGGUGGACAGAGGGCAGAUAACAGAGAUGACUCUCCAUCCAGAUCAGCCCCACCCUUCCUGCUAGCUCAGGGAUAGUCUGCACGCCCCCCGCCCCCGCCCCCUGCAUUUUCCUGGUGAUGAAUGGCAGCUUGCUGUUCCCAGAAAACUGGAAGUUUACUGGAGAAACCAGCUUGGUGAACAGAGCAGGUGGCCGGCAGUGUCCCCACCCU